AUGUCAUCAUCGUCCAUAAGUUUGGAUUCCGAAUUCACGGGGGAAAGUAACGGAAGUGAAAGUAUAUCGGAUCAUCAGGAAACUGUCACAGUUGAUCUUACUGUACGACAGGAAUCAGCAAGGAAAGAUGAUAAAAUCAAUAUUGCAAGAAAGAAGUUCGAGGAAGGCAAUGAUGGGGAAAUUUCAUCGAUUGGAAGUUCAAAGGGCAGUGACUCGGAUACGAAGGACGGUGAAAGUGAUGCUUCCGGUUCGAAAAAUAGUGAAAAUGGUGAGUGCAAUGUGAAUGAACAAAAAAGUGAUUCAGUGUUCAGUGCUGAAAGUGGUGAUGGAGAGAUUACUAAGAUAAAGAAACGUGGUGUCAAAAUUACAGAUGAAACACGAAAGUUUCUGGAAAAUGAGAAUAUAUUACGACGGUCUUCAAGGCAACGUAAGGAGACAACCGGUCCAAAUACGGAGAAGGGGGCAGAAAAAGUAAUGAAAAAACCUGAUAAAAGGGAACUGCCACAAUCCGAGGAGAAUGAAACGAGUGAUGGUGAGUCAUCGUCAGAAAUUAUAUCGUCACAAAAGAUGCGUCAAAAACCAGAGAAACUGCAAGCAAGGAGGCAGUGCCGAAAACAUGGUGUAAGUUCCGAUGAUGAUUCGGGAGGAAUACGUCCAGCACGUCGGAGCAAAGUUGAUGGUGGAAAAAAUCGCAUCAAUUAUCGAGAUAUCAGUUCAGACGAAGAGAUAAAUUCUGAUGAUGUGUUAGAAUGGGAUGAAGGUGAUAAAGUAGAAGGUGCUAGUUCAGCAGAUCAUAAUACUUCGUGCAGUGAAACAAUUGAAAAGGUAUUGCGUCAUCGAGCAGGAUAUCCAGGAGCAACCGGAGCAUCGACAACAUGUUACAAUGUGGAGGAUAAAGGUGAUCCGAAUGUUAAACUGGCAGAAAAUGGCGAUGAAAUGGAAUUGGAACGCCAGUAUUUAAUCAAAUGGUUAGGCUGGUCACAUCUUCAUAAUACAUGGGAAUCGGAAAAUAGCAUAAAGCAAUGUAAUGCCAAAGGAUUGAAAAAAAUCGAUAAUUAUAUGAAACGUUUAAGAGAUAUUGAGGAAUGGAAACUUACUGCAGAUAAAGAAUAUAUUGAAUUUUUUGACUGUGAACAACAAAUGAACGACGAACUUAAUGAACAGUAUAAGAUUAUUGAACGAGUAAUAGCUCAUCAAAUAUCGCGUAGUCAAGGUGAAAACGAAGGAACGGAAUAUUUUGUAAAAUGGUGUGGUUUGCCAUAUUCUGAAUGCACUUGGGAAGAGGAACACUUGAUUGCACGACAAUUUCAAGAUAAAAUUGAUGCAUACUAUGAUCGACGUGACAACGGGAAAAUACCUAAUAAACAUUGUCCGGCUCUGAGAAAACGUCCAAAAUUUGAAAAAAUGAAUAGUAUUCCUGAUUUCCUUCACCGAAAAGAUGAUCCAGAGCAUGAGCUACGCGACUAUCAAUUGGAAGGAGUAAAUUGGAUGUUACAUGCUUGGGCAAAGGAAAAUAGUUGCAUACUUGCGGAUGAAAUGGGUUUGGGUAAAACGAUUCAAAGUAUUAGUUUUCUCUCAGUACUCUAUCACAAAUAUCAGUUGUAUGGAACAUUUCUGGUUGUAGUACCACUAAGUACGAUGGCUUCUUGGCAACGUGAAUUCGAAACUUGGGCACCAGAUCUUAAUGUUGUCACUUAUGUUGGUGAUGUUACGAGCCGUGAUCUGAUAAGGCAGUUUGAAAUAUAUGUGCAGAGCACAAAACGCCUAAAAGUGAAUGUCGUCUUGACUACAUACGAAAUUCUGCUGAAAGAUAAGUCCUUCCUUGGUUCAUUUGAGUGGGCUGUAUUAGCUGUCGAUGAAGCGCAUCGUUUAAAAAACGAUGAGUCACUAUUGUAUCGUUCGUUGUUCGAAUUCACAACAAAUCAUCGAUUACUGGUAACCGGAACACCACUUCAAAAUUCCUUAAAAGAACUCUGGGCUUUGCUCCACUUCAUUAUGCCUGAAAAGUUUGACAGUUGGCCAGAAUUUGAAGCGGAACAUCAUGAUUCAGAUCAUAAAACAAUUGCAUCAUUGCAUCGAAAACUUCAACCAUUUUUGUUAAGACGUGUGAAAAAGGAUGUGGAAAAAUCACUGCCAGCUAAGGUUGAGCAAAUUCUGCGUGUGGAUAUGACUGCUCAGCAAAAACAGUAUUACAAAUGGAUUUUAACCAAAAAUUACAAGGAGUUAUCAAAAGGUGUAAAAGGAUCCAUUAAUGGAUUUGUGAACUUAGUUAUGGAACUAAAAAAAUGUUGUAACCAUGCUUCACUUGUUCGAUCAUAUGAUGAAUCCGAGGAGGGUGCGGAUGCCCGACUGCAGCAACUAUUGAAGUCUUCCGGUAAAUUGAUUUUAUUGGACAAACUGUUAUGUCGUUUGCAAGAAACUGGGCAUCGGGUGUUGAUUUUUUCACAGAUGGUAAUGAUGCUCGAUAUCAUGCAAGAAUACCUUCAGCUUCGGCGUUUCCCUUCGCAGAGAUUGGAUGGUUCAAUGCGUUCAGAUCUCCGGAAGGCAGCGUUGGAUCAUUUUAACGCUCCAAAUUCUCCUGAUUUUUGCUUCUUACUUUCAACUCGAGCUGGUGGCCUUGGAAUAAAUCUGGCCACAGCGGAUACGGUGAUUAUUUUCGAUUCAGACUGGAAUCCGCAAAAUGACUUGCAAGCUAUGAGUCGUGCGCAUAGAAUUGGCCAAAAAAAACAGGUAAACAUAUAUCGUUUGGUAACAAAGGCGUCGGUAGAAGAAGAAAUCGUGGAAAGGGCAAAGAGGAAACUAGUCUUGGACCACCUUAUUAUUCAGAGAAUGGAUACAACUGGUCGAACGGUACUUUCGAAAACAACUGUGACAAAUGGAACGAUGCCGUUUGACAAACAAGACUUGGCAAUGAUUCUUAAAUUUGGUGCCGAGGAGCUUUUUAAAGAAAAAGAAGGUGAAGAACAAGAACCGGAAGUUGACAUUGAUAAUAUUUUGCAAGGCGCGGAAACCAGAGAAUGUGAUCAGCAGAAUUCUGGCAGUGAAUUGUUGAAUGCAUUCCGUUAUGCAGAUUUUUCAUUUGAUGAGAAUAAGGAUGUACCAACAUUGAAUGUAGCAACAGUUCAAACGGAAGUGAACCAAAAAGAUGCGGCUGCAUCGAAAUCAUGGGAUGAAAUUAUUCCAGAAAUUGAUCGAAAAAAAUUUGCUGAUGAAGAGCGUGAGCGAGCCGAAAAAGAGCUUUUCCUUGGACCAAGACAGAGAGUAAAGAUCCCUGACGUAACUGCAGAAGCUGGUGAUAGUGAUGAGGAUGAAAAAAAGAAAAAAAGGCGGAAACGUGGUCGAGAUUCACCAUUAAGCGAAGAAGAAGGUUCCGAUGAGAAUAAACCGAAACGUGCGCGGAAGAAAUUGUUGCUUAAUUUCACUGAAUCAGAAAUUAGGAAAUUCAUACGGAGUUUCCGGAAAUUUGCUGAACCCCUGACAAGAUUAGAAGCAAUAGCUCAAGAUGCAGAAUUGGAAGAAUUCAGCAAAACUGAGCUUGAACAGCUUGGUAAUGAAUUAUUAAUUGGUUGCCAGAAAGCUCAAAGUGAAUAUGAAGAAAAAAUCAAAGAAGCGAUGAAGAAACCUAUGGAAGAUGGUAAAAGAAAACAGGAUCGUGGCGCAAUUUUUAAAUUUGGAAAUAUUGAUAUUUAUGUCCGACCGCUAUUGAAGAUGCAGUCAGAUCUUAUACCACUGCAUAAUCUUGUCAAAAGUGCUGGUGAUAUCAGAUUAUUACAAAUUCCGGGUUGUCCUAAAGAACAAAAAGGUUGGGAUGUUGAAUGGGAUAUCGCCGAUGAUUUAGCACUACUGAAAGGCAUCUAUCGAUAUGGUCUUGGCAGUUGGGAAGAAAUCAAAAUGGAUCCCGAUUAUGGUUUAGCAGAAAAAAUUUGGUUGAAAGAUAAAAGUAAGAAGCCACAAAGUAAACAUAUUCAAGCAAGAGCGGAAUAUCUUUUGAAAUAUCUUGGUCGUAAUACGAAGGCUACAGAAAGUACUUCAAUGAAAGAUAAAUUAAAGGAAAGAAAACCAUCCAAAGAAGAUAAGAAAGAAAAGAAAUGUAAAGGAGAACACGGAGAAGAAAAAGAUGAUGCUGAAAAAAAAGAACCAAAACUUAAGAAGGAAAGAAUUGGAAUUAGCUUGGAUCAUUUAACCAUCAACAAGUCCAAGUAUAAAAAAGACGUUGAGAACAAGAAAUCAUCACAAUUUGCAGAGUGUGUCAAAAUCAUGCGACCUGCUCAGAAAUACAUGCGAAAACUGGUGCAAUGUGACGACUUAAGCUCUACCGAUUCAUUGCGACAUUUACUUAAAAUUGGCGAUCAUAUCAAUGGACAUCUUGGAAAAAUUAGCUUAACUAAGUCACAACUCGUCGAAAAGUGGCACUCUUAUUUGUGGAUUUUUUUAUCGUGUUUCACCCGACAGGAGCCCAGCGAUUUACUGCAACGCUACCGUAUUGCUGCAAAAGAUCGUGCAAACAAUAAUGAAACUGAAACUCAUCGUAAGCAUCACCAUCAUCGCCAUCAUCACCAUUAUCACGAUAAUAGGAAGAAUCAACAAGAUGAUAAACCAACAACUGGUACAAAUGAAGUUAUGGAUGUUGGUGCCGCUGUUGUUGAACGAAAAGGCGACAGCAUUACAGCCACAGCUGGAGGCGAUCGAAGAAUUGAUAAGAAUUCAAAAUAUAUUCGUUUAAGUAGUGAUGGAUAUCCAAUAACAAGACAACAUUCGAGUUCGAGUAAGCCAGAUGUGCGGAAACAUCAACAUUCUGUUAAACAUGGAACUAGCGGAAAAGGUGGAAAUCUGAAAUCGGUUAUAAUAAACGAAGACUCUGACACCUACAAGCCAUCGGUAUCGCAAUUACAGCAAUCCAGUUUAUUAUAUUCGAACCAAAAUGAGAGUGAUAGUUACAAGGAUUCAUCGUAUCGGUACCGCACGGAUUACGGUAGCAGCAAUAGUGGCAGUCUUCAUCGCACUCAUUAUAGUCACACAAGCUAUCGAGACAGAGCAAGAAGUGGACGACAUGAAAACUAUUCUUACAGGGAACAUCGGCGAGAGCAUACUUACUAUCGCGACAAAGGUGAUCGAACUUCGUACUGGGAACGAAACUACACGGAUGUAUAUCGUGACCAUGGUGAUCGUGACUAUCGGCAGGAAUUCCGUCAUAUGUCUGGUCCGUGUAGUUCUAAUGCCAGUUCGUCACAAUGGUCUGGAACAUCAGCUAGCUUCUCAUCUCAUUCUACUCCACUCUUGAACGGUCCAGCACCAUUGUUUACUUCAUUGUGUCCACCGUCCGGACACCUUGAAAUCAAGCCUCUCUCAGCCGUUAUCAGUGAACCGUGUGCAUCUCACACAUCAUUUAUGCGGCCACCACCGAUACCACCACAUCUUGACCAUUUUGGAACCAGUGAUUGCAUUAGUAGUAAAAUCAACACCAAAGAUCCAAGGAGGUAG